ACAGCUUCCUCUUUGGGUGGUGUUGAAAUGUUAAACCAAAGGUGCCAGAGCUGAAGAGAAUGUAUGUGACGUCCACCCGCUCACCUUGACGUCUCAUGGGCGUGCCACGUGUGUCAGCUAUUGAUUGUGCAUGAGAAAGUGGUGGAGAAUUGACAAAGCACACGGCCGAGAGCACUGGCUAGAUUUAUGACUGUUAAUGUUUGUUGUUGAAUGUUUUACUUCGCCCAUCGGAAGCUAUGUUCCACAAAAAUGAAGACAGAGUCAUGAAGGAUCCAAGGAUUUCUUCAGGCAGACUUCCUUGCCAGCAAAUAUCUGCUCCUUUAGUCAGGGUGAAGAAGCCAGGCUCGCUUAUCAGAUGUUUCCACUUGCUGCAGACACACCUGGUGGUCAUCGUUGUCCUCUUAGCAGGGCAAGCCUCCUGCAACCAGACCACUACAACUCCUUCCCCUUUUACUGUUUCUACUACAGCUCCACAAAUAUCAGUAUACUACUUUGUUGACAUUACGGUGGAUGUCACUGGACAGAGCAAGAACGAAUCUGAAAUCAUUGCCUGGCUCAAGCAGGUUUUCAGCACCAAGCUGGAGAACUGCGUGCCUCCAAACCCUCCAGAAACUACUGCCACACCGACCUCCCCACAAACUGCACCUGCAAGUACUGUCAGUGAGACAACACAAGUGGCCUCAUCAACACUGAACACUUACAACAGCACAACAACUGCAGUAACCACAUUACAGAGCAAUAGUACAGGUGCAACAUCCACGGCCUUAGAAGGCAACAGCACUACAGCAGCAACACCCACGGGAGGCAACAACUUCACAACCACUGCAACAACAUUACAAGGUUUCUGUAAAUGA